CACAUAGCCCGGGUCACGUGGUGUCGUCACUGAGGCGGAAAUGAAAGUUCGGUAACGACAACGGCGGACCACAGCUGAGAAAGAGCUGUGAUGACAUGGCAGCUGCCAGCGUGACCAGACCUGGCUGUGUCCAGACCACUGAAAAGUCUCAGCUGAUCCUAAAAGUGGUGUCGGCGAAGCCCCAGUCCCCGAAGCUGCCCAGCCGUCAGUCUCGGUUCAGCUCCUUCGUCGAGGUGACUGCCGACGGCCUGACCAGCGAAACCAAAAAAACAGGCAAACGCAGCGGGCACCUGGAACUGCAGUGGAAUGAGGACCUCACACUGAACGUGACGCCUCAGAGUCGUCUGGAUCUGAAGUUGUGGAGCUGCCACACCUUGAGAAAGGAGCUACUCGGCAGCGCUACCAUAGACCUGCUGGACACGCUGCGCUCACAUGAUGGCAAAAUGGAGAACCUCCAGCUGAGUCUGGUGCUGCAGACGGAGAACAAAGGCUCGGUUGUAGCAGGAGGAGAGCUCAACGUCUGUCUGGACGGCAUGGUUGUUGAUCUGGGCUCGUUGCCCAAUGGCACCACAACAGCAGACAAGAUCCUUCAGUCUGAGAGACCCAACCUGAGGAGGACGCAGAGUGACGAGACCCCCAGUGCAGCUGGAUCACACAGCAGAAGCAACCGGCACUCUGUGGGGGGUCCACAAAGCGACUCCCCGGGCAGCUCCAGAGGGAGCUCUCUGACUAAUGGGGAUCUGGCUGAGGAGCAGAUACCUGGGUCCGGAUCCUCUGGUCGCCAUCGGUCCACGAAGGGCCGCGGUAGCCCCGGUAACAGUUCAGAUAAAGUUGACUUAACAUCUAACGGGCUGGAGAGCAGCCGUGGAGGUGUGGCCUAUCAGAUGCCGCCUCCAUCCUCUCCAUCGGGUCGGUCUCCAGCUGCCAGCAGCAGCGGCAGCAGCCCCUCUCCCAGUCAGGACGCCCUGGGUCCGGCCGGCCCAGCAGAGCCCAGUUCCAACCCCACCUCCAUCCCAGAUCAGGCCAGCAGCACCGAGUCCAGCACCGACUCGCUCCCAGCAGGCUGGGAGCAGCGGGUUUUACCUCACGGCAGAGUGUACUACGUGGACCACAACACAAAAACCACAACCUGGGAGAGACCACUGCCACCAGGCUGGGAGAAGAGAGUGGACCAGCGGGGACGGUUCUACUACGUGGACCACAACACCAGAACCACCACAUGGCAAAGGCCCACCGCAGAGUCUGUGCGCAACUACCAGCAGUGGCAGAGCCAGCGCAGCCAGCUGCAGGGCGCCAUGCACCAGUUCAGCCAGCGCUUCCUCUACCAGCCAUCUGGCGCUCCGGUGGAAAAUGACCCUCUGGGCCCGCUGCCUCCUGGAUGGGAGAAGCGGCAGGACAAUGGCAGAGUGUACUUCGUUAACCACAACACUCGGACGACUCAGUGGGACGAUCCACGGACCCAAGGGAUGAUCAAGGAGCACCCCCUGCCCCCGGGCUGGGAGAUGAAGUACACGGCAGAGGGAGUCCGAUAUUUCGUGGACCACAACUUGCGCACUACCACCUUUAAAGACCCCAGACCCGGGUUUGAGUCAGGGUCACGGCAAGGCGGCUCACCCGGCGCCUACGAUCGCAGCUUUAGGUGGAAAUACCAUCAGUUUCGUUUCCUUUGUCAUUCCAACGCGCUGCCGAGCCACGUGAAGAUCUCCGUGUCCAGACAGACGCUGUUUGAAGAUUCAUUUCAGCAGAUCAUGAACGUGAAGCCGUACGAUCUUCGCCGCCGCCUCUACAUCAUAAUGAGAGGAGAGGAGGGGCUGGACUAUGGUGGUAUUGCCAGGGAGUGGUUCUUCCUGCUGUCCCACGAAGUCCUGAACCCCAUGUACUGUUUGUUUGAAUACGCUGGCAAGAACAACUACUGUCUGCAGAUCAACCCGGCCUCCUCCAUCAACCCCGACCACCUCACGUACUUCCGCUUCAUCGGACGCUUCAUCGCCAUGGCUUUGUACCACGGAAAGUUCAUCGAUACCGGCUUCACGCUGCCGUUUUACAAGCGAAUGCUGGACAAGAAGCCAACCCUCAAAGACCUGGAGUCCAUCGACCCAGAGUUCUACAACUCCAUCAUGUGGGUCAAAGAAAACAACCUGGAGGAGUGUGGAGUGGAGCUCUACUUCGCUCAGGACAUGGAGAUCCUUGGCAAAGUUUCCACCCACCAGCUGAAGGACGACGGCGAGAACGAGCUGGUCACCGAGGAGAACAAGGAGGAGUACAUCAGCCUCCUGACGGACUGGAGGUUCACCCGCGGCGUGGAGGAGCAGACCAAAGCUUUCCUGGACGGCUUCAACGAGGUGGUUCCUCUGGAGUGGCUGCGCUACUUCGACGAGAAGGAGCUGGAGCUGAUGCUCUGCGGGAUGCAGGAGAUCGAUCUGGCCGACUGGCAGAAGAACACCAUCUACAGACAUUACACCAAGAACAGCAAGCAGAUCCACUGGUUCUGGCAGGUGGUGAAGGAGAUGGACAACGAGAAGAGAAUCCGUCUCCUUCAGUUUGUAACGGGAACCUGUCGUCUGCCGGUCGGAGGCUUUGCUGAGCUCAUAGGAAGUAACGGGCCCCAGAAGUUCUGCAUAGACAAAGUGGGGAAGGAGACCUGGCUUCCACGAAGCCACACAUGCUUCAACCGUCUGGACCUGCCGCCCUACCGAAGCCUGGAGCAGCUCCGAGAGAAGCUUCUGUUUGCCGUGGAGGAGACGGAGGGAUUUGGGCAGGAAUGAUGCAGGAAGCGGGUGGAGGAGGCAAAGCGUCGCUGGACGCUGGAGACAUUUUUCUUUAUUCUUUUUAUUUGUUUGUCACAGGGCAGAGAAUCAGCUGAAACCUCUCACCUGGGGAAGAUCAUGUCUGUGGCCUGAAAAUCCCAGAGGACAACUGCAUGUGCACGUCCAUGCGUGCACGUGAGUCUGGUUGUUGAUGUGAAGCCAUUGUGUAAAUGCAUAUCGAUGGUGCACGUAGGUUUGACUGAUAGCACAUAAAACCCUCACACACCUGCACCACCUGCUUAGACCCAUUUUAACCUUAAUGUGGACCCACAACAGCACAACUGCCCCCCCCCCCCCCGAUGAUGCAGUAUCACACAGUUCCCACCAUGUGGAGGCGAGCGGGCUACGAGACGGAAUCAGACGUUAUCAUGAACCGUUUGAGGCCAGGUGGUCUCGGACGGACUCCAGAGACGAGAUGUGGCCGAGUUUUUUAUUUUUCUGUUAAUUGUGAAAGUCGGUCGAGGUGCAUCCUGGUUGUACAAAUCCAAAAUAAAUGAGAUUUCAGUCUUAA